UUGAAAAGUGGCUUCAGAGCAGACGAGCGGCUCUCUGUGCAGCCAGAACCUCUUGGGGCAGAAAUGCAAGAUUGUAAAGUGUUUUUACCAGUCUUUUGAAAAACAAUUAAUAAAUACAACCACAAAACGUUUAGGUGACAGUUUUAUUAUUUUACAUUCACAUGUAUAUUAAAACACUCGAUGAGGAGUUUACAAAUAGACGUAAACAGUGGGAGCAGAUGAAAUGCGGACAAAAUCAUGGAAUUUCUGGAAGUGAAGUUUUAAAACAAACCAAGAGACCGGCGCUGGAUAACUCUUCGUUUUGGAUUUGGACAACAAUCCCUGGAUUUAACUCCAGUGACAUUUAGAUCUUAUGAGCUAAUGGAGUAUUUUCCUUAUUCGUUUAAAGUUCGCUUACAGCUCGCUUAACCCAAAAACGUCCAGUUUAUCUGGCGCGCGCUGUUUGAGAGGAACUGGCGAAUUAAAGCGCAUCUUGGCGGUAUGGUGCGCCUGCUCAAUUGCCUGGUCUUGGGGUAUUUGACAUGGAAUCUGGGGAUAUCUGAUGCCCAAGGAGAGUACUGUCACGGCUGGCUAGACAGCAGCGGAAAUUACCAUGAGGGCUUUCAGUGUCCAGAGGGCGUUGACACGGCGGACGCGACGGUGUGCUGCGGGAGCUGCUCGCUGCGCUACUGCUGCGCGGCCCCGGAUGCGCGCCUCGAUCAGGGGACCUGCACGAACGACAGAGAAGUGGACAACAACACGCAAUAUGCUGCCCAGCCCAUCUAUGUGCCCUUCCUGAUGGUGGGCUCUAUCUUUGUGGCGUUUGUAGUGGUGGGUUCUCUGGUGGCCGUGUACUGCUGCACCUGCCUGCGACCCAAGCAGCCCACACAGCAGCCCAUCCGCUUCUCACUGCGCAGUCAGGGCGAAACCAUCCCCAUGAUCCUCACCACAGCCCCUACCAGCCUCCGCACACCAUCACGGCAGUCCAGCACGGCCACCACCAGCUCCAGCUCAGUGGGAGGAGGCAGCUCCAUCCGGCGCUUCUCCCUGGGCCGGGGUGACGGAUUGGGACAGUGCUCACAACAGCAGCUCCUGAUGGUCUCAUCUUCCACGGCCUCCACUCCUGUGCCCAUGGCCCCGGCGCAGCCUCUGUUGGCUCCACCGCCCUACACCUCCCAGCAGGGCCUGCAGGGCAGUAACUCUCUCCAGCACACGCACGCUCACAGCCAGUUACAGCUGCACCACCAGACCCUGCAAAGCUCCAGCUUCUUUCUACCACAACAGUUCUUCUUUCCCCUGCCGCAGGAACCGUUCUCCACAAACAAGGGCUUUGCUGAAUUCAGCGAGUGCUGACUGGGGGUUCCCGGCUCCUGCUCAAAAGGAAACGGACACCAAAGAAUCUGUCACUCACAAUGCCGUUGUUGUAGACUCAUAUUACAGGGGCUUCUGUUCACUAAGGAAAUAGGCACUGAUGUGUCUUUCAGCAAGCUCAAUUGCCACUUUGAGACCGCAGCUGGAAUUUAAGAGCCACGUGGGCCACUAAAGCUGGUGAGAUGGUGAACUAUCAAUCUGCCAGACACUCAAGUGCUGGAUACAACAUGCCAGAACGGACGCCUGUUUCAAAGCAACGGAUCAAAUCUCAUAUGCACUUUCAAUCUGCUUAUUUGAUGAAAGAUGUCGAUAUAUUUUUUUUAAAGAACUCC